AAUCCGCGGGCUGCCUGAGUGAGAGGCGAGGCCGUUCAGAUCCGCUAUGGCGGCUCUGCCGGAGGAACCAGCCGAAGCGGUAACGGUGAAGCCAGACCCCGAUGGGGGAGCAGCAGCGCCGCCGCCGCCGCCGCCGCCUCCUCCUCCACCUCAGUCCCCAGCAAGUACCGCUCCCGCUCCUGCUCCCCCCGCAGCUGCUGCCGCUGCUCCCCUGGCGGACGGGGAGGCUGCGGGGGGUACCACUGACUCCAAGCCCCCGGCGGUCCCCAGUGCUGCACCUGCCGCUUCGCAGUUCCCCACCGACCGGCAGACGCUACUGGCCGUGCUGCAGUUCCUGCGGCGUAGCAACCUUCGCGAGUCCGAAGAGAUCCUCCGCCGGGAAGCCCGGCUGCUUGCUGAUGAGGUCGCGGCUGAUCUCGGUUCCUUGGCGCCCGGUGGGCAGGCAGCCCAUGGCGGGGAAGGGCAAGAGCCCUGCCUCGGGAUCGCUGCCUCCGGACCGGGGGAACUGCUGCUUAACACCGUCACUUUUGGCCAGCCUGGGGCUGCCAUCGCUCCUACCGCUGGCACGGUCCCCGCGGCGGCGCCCUUGGGAGCCUCCGGGAAAGUUGGUGUCCUCAUGGAAGAUCAACCAGAUGUGAGUGCAGUAUUGUCUGCCUACAACCAGCAGGGAGACCCAGCGCUCUAUGAAGAUUAUUACAGUGGACUGAAACACUUCAUUGAAUGUGCUCUGGAUUGUCAUCGAGCUGAGCUAUCACAACUUUUUUAUCCUCUCUUUGUGCACAUGUAUCUGGAGCUAGUCUACAAUGAACAUGAAAAUGAAGCAAAGUCCUUCUUUGAAAAGUUUCAUGGGGAUCAGGAGUGUUAUUACCACGAUGACUUGCGUAUAUUAUCAAGUUUAACCAAAAAAGAGCACAUGAGAGGGAAUGAGACAAUGCUGGAUUUUCGAACGAGCAAGUUUGUGCUGCGCAUUUCCCGUGACUCUUACCAGCUCUUGAAGAGACACCUUCAGGAAAAACAGAAUAAUCAGAUCUGGAAUAUUGUUCAAGAGCAUCUUUACAUUGAUAUAUUUGAUGGAAUGCCUCGUAGUAAACAACAAAUUGAUGCUAUGGUAGGAAGUCUGGCUGGUGAGGCAAAACGGGAGGCUAACAAAGCAAAGGUCUUUUUUGGCUUAUUAAAAGAACCAGAAAUUGAAUUACCUCUGGAUGAUGAAGACGAAGAGGGGGAAAAUGAGGAGGGUAAGCCAAAGAAGAAGAAACCUAAAAAAGACAGCAUGGGAUCAAAAAGUAAAAAGCAAGAUCCAAAUGCUCCUCCUCAGAACAGAAUCCCUCUUCCUGAGCUAAAGGAUUCUGACAAGCUGGAUAAAAUAAUGAAUAUGAAGGAAGCCACUAAGCGUGUUCGUCUUGGCCCAGAUUGUCUGCCUUCCAUCUGUUUCUACACAUUCCUUAAUGCUUAUCAGGGCCUAACAGCAGUGGACUUUACAGAUGACUCUAGCAUGAUUGUAGGAGGUUUUGCUGAUUCCACUGUCAGAGUAUGGUCCGUGACACCCAAAAAACUACGUGGUGUAAAGUCGGCAGCAGAUCUUAGCAUCAUAGAUAAAGAAUCGGACGAUGUUUUAGAAAGGAUCAUGGAUGAGAAAACAGCAAGCGAGUUGAAGAUUUUAUAUGGUCACGGUGGACCUGUCUAUGGUACAAGCUUCAGCCCUGAUAGGAACUAUUUGUUAUCAUCUUCAGAGGAUGGCACAAUCAGAUUGUGGAGUCUCUUGACAUUUUCUUGCUUGGUGGGGUACAAAGGACACAACUACCCUGUGUGGGACACCCAGUUCUCACCCUAUGGAUAUUACUUUGUGUCAGGUGGUCAUGACAGGAUAGCUCGUUUGUGGGCUACAGAUCAUUACCAACCUUUGCGAAUCUUUGCCGGUCACCUUGCUGAUGUCACAUGUACACGUUUUCACCCAAACUCCAACUACAUUGCUACAGGCUCAGCAGAUAGGACAGUGCGGCUGUGGGAUGUUCUGAAUGGGAAUUGUGUGAGAAUAUUCACAGGACAUAAGGGACCAAUUCAUUCAUUAGCAUUUUCUCCUAACGGAAGAUUCUUGGCAACUGGAGCUACAGAUGGAAGAGUGCUUCUCUGGGAUAUUGGCCAUGGUUUGAUGGUGGGGGAGUUAAAAGGACACACUGAUACAGUCUAUGCACUGCGGUUCAGUCGAGAUGGAGAAAUUUUAGCAUCAGGUUCAAUGGAUAACACCGUGAAGUUGUGGGAUGCUGUAAAAGCCUUUGAAGACUUAGAAACAGAUGAUUUUACUACAGCCACUGGCCAUAUAAACCUGCCUGAAAACUCUCAGGACUUGUUGUUAGGUACCUACAUGACUAAAUCAACCCCUGUCAUACAUCUUCAUUUCACUCGUAGAAAUCUGCUUCUUUCUGCUGGGGCAUAUAGUUCCCAGUAAACUAUGAAAUUUCAAAACUUGGUUGUGUAAGCCUUGUGAGUAAAGGUUGCAGAAUAAUUUGCAUUAUUUAACACUAUGAUGAACUGAAAUGGAUCUCUCUGCCAGAGCAAGCAAAGUAAACUGUGACCCAAGCUGCACCUUCAAGUAACUGAAGGUUACUCGUCACUGAAAUCAUGGGUUUGAUGUGGGAAAAGAUUGCUUUUGAUUUAGAGAAGUGUACAGAGAAUUUCUUGUAUCCUCAAGUCAGCUCUAAACUGCAAGACCAGUUGUAAACAACAGGGAUAAUACAUUAUUUGAACAGCUUUUUCACAGCACUUACUUUCUCAUAUUCCUAGGUCUAACCACUUCAAAGAGCUUCAGUUGGAGUUUUCACAUGGAGUUUUGGGUUCUUUUUAUAAUAGGGAGAGAGAAUUCACCAACCUUAUUUGGCUUUUGUGAGAUGCCUUAUUUAUUCAAAGGAUGACAGUAUAGAUUGAGUAAAUGCUUUGAAGUAGGCUGGCCUGCUGGCAUAAUUUGAGUUGAUGCUUUCGAGAUGGACCUUCUACAGAUGUGACAAUCUUUAUUUGAGGCAUUGUUUAUGUUUUCUGUAUGCAUACAGCAAGCUCUUUGACAGGAGAAAAAUUAUUUUAGGAUAGAAGUGUAGAAUCUCUUCUCCACAAAGUGUAUACUAGAAUCACCAAUUGUUUUUCUAUAAUGGGUUCUUAACUGUCCCGCCGGCUUUCAGUUACAACAUUGCUUUAACAACAUUGUUUACCAGUUGUUGAAUUCCCACAAGAAGUUAAUUGAACUGUUGGUUUUAAAAAGGCAACUGCCCUAGUUUUACAUUCUGUACAGUUUUAUAUUUUUGAUAUUUUGUAAUAAAGACAAAUCAUUUUGUGCAAUUCUUA